AUGCCCAUUAUCAGCAAUGCCAACCGGGACUUCAGCAACCUCUCCGUCAGCACAGACAACAGCAGCCUCGACCGCUUCUUCACCGAGAUCCCAGAGACCGAGAGCGUCAAAGGGGUCUACUACAAGCGGGCCCAAUUCCUCCGGGAGCCCAAGGCCCUGGGCAAAGUGGACCACGAGCAGCUGGCCCUCAUCAACGUGGGGGGCGACCGCUACGCCUUCCCCUGGAGCACGCUGGAGGAGUUCCCGCUGACGCGGCUGGGCCAGCUGCGCUUCUGCCGCAGCCGCGGCGACAUCUGCCGCCUGUGCGACGACUACGACGAGGCGCGGCGCGAGUACUUCUUCGACCGCAGCUCGGCGGCCUUCCGCGUCAUCCUCAACUUCCUGGCGGCGGGCCGGCUGCGGCUGCUGCGCGAGGCCUGCGCCGUGUCGCUCUGGGACGAGCUCAACUACUGGGGCGUGGACCCGGGCCACAUGGAGCGCUGCUGCCGCCGCCGCAUGAUGACCCACGUGGAGGAGACGGCCGAGCGCAAGCGGCGCGACGAGGAGCUGCGGCAGCGCCGGCAGGCCCUGGUGCAGCGCCCCCUAGAGGAGAAGGGCUGCCGCAAGGCGAUGACCAUGCUGCGGGACAUGGUGGAGAACCCGGAGUCGGGCUGGCUGGGGAAGACCUUCGCCGUCUUCUCGAUGGUGAUGAUCGCGGUGACCGUCAUCAGCCUGUGCAUCAGCACCAUGCCGGACCUCAGAGAGGAGGAGAGGAAGGGUGAGUGCUCUCAGAAAUGUCAGCACAUGUUUAUAAUUGAGACCAUCUGUGUGGUUUGGUUCUCGCUCGAGUUUGUGCUCCGCUUCGUCCAAGCACGCAGCAAGCUGGCCUUUGCCCGCGGGCCGCUCAACAUCAUCGACAUCGUGGCCAUCCUCCCGUACUACAUCUCCCUGAUUGUGGACGAGCGAGACAAGACGGAGGACGAGGUGGUCGGCGGCGGCGGUGGGGGCGGGGGCGGCCGAGGCUACCUGGACAAGCUGAGCCUCCUCCUGCGCGUGCUGCGCGCCCUGCGGAUCCUGUACGUGAUGCGUCUGGCGCGCCACUCGCUGGGCCUGCAGACGCUGGGCCUGACCAUGCAGCGGAGCACGCGCGAGUUCGGCCUGCUCCUGUGCUUCCUGUGCGUGGGCGUGGCGCUCUUCUCGCCGCUCGUGCACCUGGCCGAGAGCGAGCUGGGCACGGCGCCCACCACCUCCACGGCGGGCAUGGGCGCCCAGAGCUUCACCAGCAUCCCCGCCACCUACUGGUGGGCCAUCAUCUCCAUGACGACGGUGGGCUACGGCGACAUGGUGCCCAACAGCCUGCCCGGCCAGCUGGUGGCGUUCAGCAGCAUCGUCAGCGGCAUCCUCAUCAUGGCCUUCCCCGCCACCUCCAUCUUCCACCGCUUCUCCCGCUCCUACCAGGAGCUCAAGCACGAGCACGAGCUCAUGUACAAGGCCGAGCUGAAGGAGGAGCGCAUCGCCAACCUGGCGGCCCUCGCCUUCGAGGAAGCGCUGAGAGUGGACGAGAGGUCUCUUCCGUUCCCGGAGCAGGUGUGCGAGGACAAUGCUGUGGAGCACUGGGACAAUGGGAAGGCCCCACAUGAGGAACUUUGCCAGGACUCGGGGAUUCCCACCGUCAACGUCAUUGACCACGCCCACGUGGGGAAACCCUCUCAAGCUGCACCGGGAGCCGUGGCUUUCAGUCUUUAA